AACCAAAAAAAAAAAUGUGAUCGCGCUUUUGACAGCACUCAAAAGUUUAGUUUGUAAAUAAAAUACCCGGGAAUUACGUUUUGUAAACAAUGAAAAUUGGAAUAAGUAAUUACCGCAAUAAUUUAAUGAGAAACCGGAAAAAUAAUCAAAGAUUUUAUUGUGAUGUACUCCCUACUAGUGAAGUCAGAAUAUUAAAGAAAAAUAAAGAAAAUGGUGAUAACCUCAAAGUUGAAAAACAUGAUCAAGAAAUUAAAGUUGAAACCAAGAAAUCAGAUGAAUUUAGAGUUAACGAGUUUAAUAUUCAAAUGAUUUCUAAGAAUAUAUAUGACCAGCUUUUUGUAAAACCCAGUACUGCUUUAGAUCCAUCGCUUGUGAAAAGGUGUCAAGAAAAUUUGAUAAAGCACGGGAUUGAUUACACAAAAUGCAGUUACAUGCCUGAUGUGAAAUUACAACUGCCUAAAUUGGAAGGCAGUGAUUUGGUCGAACAUUUCUACAACAUAGGAGAACGACAAUGUGCGCCGUACAGAGAGUUAUUGAAGCAGCUGGCUUCUUCAGAAUUACCUCCCUUACCAAAGAAAUGGACCAAGAAAUCUGGCUGGCACAAAUAUGAAGGCAACAAACCAGUGAAAGUACCAUGUCCGACUGAUGAUGCACUAAUUUUUGAUGUGGAGGUGCUGAUGUCGGCUGGAAAGAGGCCCACCCUGGCUUGUGCCGUUUCACCCGAGGCUUGGUAUAGUUGGGUGAGCGAACCAGUGGCGAAAGGGGAACAACACCAAUAUUAUGAAGAUUUAAAUUACGACUACCUCAUACCAUUGGAGACUGACGGAAUGACACCGUGCGGAGAUUUAGACAGAUGUAGAAUCGUUAUAGGUCAUAAUGUGUCAUACGACAGAGCGAAGAUCAAGGAGCAGUACUGGUUGAAUAGAACAGGAGUGCGCUUCAUGGACACGAUGUCGAUGCACACGUGCGUGAGCGGCGUGACGAGCUACCAGCGCGCGGUGCUGAAGGCCAAAAGCAAGGAGCCGCAUCCCUCCGACGACGACUGGGUGGGGAUCAGCUCGCUCAACAGCCUCAGUGAGGUACACAACCUAUAUUGCGGGAAGCCAGUAGACAAAGCAACGAGAGAUAUCUUUGUGGAGGGAAAUAUGGAGGAUGUACAUAACAACUUCCAGAAACUAAUGCAUUACUGCGCCGCUGAUGUCAUCGCCACGCACAAUGUACUGCGAGAAUUACUACCAUUGUUUCUGGAACGCUUUCCGCAUCCCGUCACGCUGGCUGGAAUGUUAGAACUUGGGUCAGCAUACUUGCCAAUAAACUCGAACUGGCUUCAAUACAUAGAAUCGGCGGAAACUGUAUUUGAAGAUUUGAAAUUAGAAUCACGACAACUAUUAUCGUUAAAAGCGGAUGAAGCAUGCAGGCUGAUGGAAAACGAAGCUUAUAAAAAAGACAUCUGGAUGUGGGACCAGGACUGGUCGGUGCAAACUUUAAAAUUAAAAAAGCAAAUAGUUAAAAAGAAAAAAGUUGAACAGCAUGUAGAACUGGCUGAUGAUCAUUUAAUAAAAAACAUAGAGGAUAAUAAAGAGAAUGAAAGACUGGCUAGUGAUGUGUUAAACGCGCCGAAGAAAGAAUUCGAUAUUUUAAAUGAAGAAUACAUUACCUUUGUGACUCAACAAGUGGAACAGCCUAAAAUAAAGAUCAUAGAAGACUAUAGCAAAAAGUUUCAAUACUUGUAUGAUCUAGGGAAAUUGCUGCCAGUAAAAAGGCCGUACUUAGCUGGAUAUCCCGCGUGGUAUAGGAAACUUUGUACCAAACCAGGGAAAGAUCCUGACUGGUCACCCGGUGCUAAUAACAUCACCACAAGCAUGCAGAUAACACCGAAACUUCUACGGUUAUCGUGGGAGGGUUACCCGCUGCACUACAUCCAGGCGGAAGGAUGGGGAUUCAUGGUCCCGUUCAGCAGGCGACACCAGGGAGACGAGGAGCCGAGGCUGCCUCUGGAGCAGUUACUAGAGAUGUGCCCAUUGGUCCAGUGCCAGGAUGCUAGUGUCGACGCGGACAUACACAGACUUCCAAAGACAGUAGAUGAGGAUCUGGCUAGGAAGGCUUAUUAUGCACGAAAGAAGGUAGAUGAGAAAGCUGCCGCCAACCAGUACCAUGGGCUGGGAGUGUGGUGCGGAAUACAGUUGCAGGGUUGCUGCCAUUUCCUCAGACUACCGCACAAGGAUGGCCCCAAGUACAAAGUGGGCAAUCCCCUGGCGAGGGACUUCCUGGACAUGUUCAGUCAGAACGUUCUGUCGGCGCAGGGGAACGAGGCUGAGAAGGUGCUGUCGUUCGGUCGCAUGAUGUCGUACUGGCGCAACAACCGCGAGCGCAUCAUGGGCCAGCAGGCGGUGUGGCUGCCGCCCACACUGCGGCCCCACGCCGCGCGGUACGGCGCCAUCGUGCCGCACGUGGUGGUCGCCGGCACACUCACCAGGAGGGCGAGCGAGCCGACAUGGAUGACGGCCAGCAAUGCACACCCCGAGCGAGUGGGCUCCGAGCUACGCGCCAUGGUGCAGGCGCCCCUCGGAUACAGGCUCGUCGGCGCUGACGUCGACUCACAGGAGUUGUGGAUCGCGGCGCUGCUGGGCGACAGUGGGUCGGGGGCGGUGGGCGGGCACCCGUUCGGGUGGGCGGUGGUGGCGGGCGACAAGGCGCGACACACGGACCUGCACUCGCUGACGGCGGCCGCACACAAGCUGCGGCGCGACCACGCCAAGGUCGUCAACUACGCGCGCAUAUACGGUGCUGGGCAAAACUUCGCCGAGAGACUACUGAAACAGUUCAACCCAACCAUGACGAUAUCGGAAGCUAAGAGCAAGGCGGCCAAGAUGUUCGCCACCACUAAGGGCAGACGAGUUUACACGCUCAAGAGGCAGUACAUGGAGGGAUUUAUGGACGAAGAUUUGGAUAACCAGGCGGUGGAAAUGACGUCAUACCAGGCGAUGCGAUUGGCCAAACUCAGCGGGAAGACGUUAGAGGAAAUGUUCGAGAGACCGCGGUGGGUCGGCGGCACGGAGUCUGAUAUGUUCAACAAGUUGGAGGAAAUAGCUGACUGCGAUUCGCCGCGGACGGCGUUCCUGUGCGGCGCGCUGUCGCGGGCGCUGGCGGCGGGGCGCGGGCGCUGGACCAACACGCGCCUCAACUGGGCCGUGCAGAGCGCCGCCGCGGACUUCCUGCACCUCAUGCUCGCCAGCAUGGCGCACCUCGCGCCGCGGGCCAGAUUCUGUCUGAGUUUCCACGAUGAAGUGAGAUAUUUAGUGCCAGAGGAAUACAAAUACGAAACGGCGCUAGCGUUGCAAAUAACUAACCUACUCACGAGAGCUUUUUGCUCUCAAAGGGUUGGCAUAAACGACUUGCCGCUUUCUGUAGCGUUCUUCUCAUCUGUGGAAGUAGACCAAGUACUGCGGAAAGAGUCUACGUUGUCCUGCACCACGCCGUCCAACCCGCACGGACUGGAGAAAGGCUAUGGCAUACCCAACGGAGAGUCGCUCAACAUAUUCGACGUGUUGGAAAAGUGUCAUGCUAAUAAAUCAUUAUAAU